AAGUUUCCAGUCAGUCGUGCGUUAAUCUCCAAGCAGCUAACACGCUAAUUUGUCGGCGUGCAUAGCAACAAUUUUAAUUUAUUUUUUAAAAAUUUUCUGUGAUAUUAUUUAAGUUAAAAAUAUUCGGUGAAUAUAUUUAAUAAAACUACGAACAAAAAUAUUCGUGAAGUCAAUAGUUCCAACUACAAUAAGCCACUGAUUUAAACAACAAAAAAGUAACUAUGUCACAACAAAGCUGUUCCAUACUCGAUGAUAUCGAUUCCUGCAAAGAAAUACCAGUUGUAAGCAGUCUGCAUCCCGCGUUUCAAAAUUAUGUAGCAACAUUUAAUCUACUUGGUUCUACGUUGAACCUUAUAGAUCAUCUACUCAUUGUCAUGGUCACAAUAGCCAUGUCUUUGGUUUGUUUCAAAUUAAAAUUAGAGAAAACUGCCUUUCAUGCAUUUGUUUGUACUUUCGGGUUCGUUCUGCUGUUGGCUGAGGGUAUGAUGGUACGCUAUAAUGGUAAUAUUCUAUUGCGGUCUUUGCAUCCUGACACAAAAACAACACUGCAUUAUGUUUUACAAUUAACUGGUGGGUUGUUGGGCAUAUUGGGAACUCUUCAAAAAGUUUAUGGAAAGAAGAAACAUUUUAAAUCACUUCAUGGAAAGUUAGGUUUAGCGGCCUGCCUCUUUUGUACUGUAAAUUUUCUAGCUGGCACCUUAGCGCUUUAUUCAACCGAUUAUCGUUCCUACAUAUCGCCGUUAGUGAACAAAAUUAUACAUAACGGCCUGGGUCUUAUAACAUUUCUUAUAGUUAUGUUAGCCCAACUAACGGGCUAUAAUACUGGCUUCUUCCGACGUAAUUUUGUAAAUAUUAAGUUAUAUAAAUUUGUAACAUUUGUGAUUUUAGUUUUAAGUGCAAUAGGCCCAGUACGUAUUUUUUUUAAAAAUUACCGUAAAUUGUAUGCUUAA